GAUUAUCAGAGGAAGUAGAGCCGUAGAGGAACAAGAAAUAGCAGUUUAUAGCAGUAAGAGUAAAUUAGUCAAAGCCUUGUUAGAUAAGGCAAAAAAUUUAGUAAGGAAAUCAUAUUCAGAAAAUUGGAAUAAAAGGUUGGAUAAAGUAUGGAAAACUUAUUUAGAAUAUUGUGGAGUUACAGGUCAACGUGCUAUUCCGUCAUCGGAGGAUUUCCUCUUGUUAUGUUUGAUUUGGUUAGAUUUAACGGAUGCUGUAUCGGUUUGUUCAGAUAUACUUGCAGCUGUAUCAAGAGAACACCUAGAAAGAUCAUUACCUGACCCAUCGAAGUUAUAUAAUGUUAGGAGGGUUUAUAAGGCAUUGAUAAAGGAAUCAAGGAAGGAUAAAAAGCCAGAAUGGCCAUGUCAUCCACUACCGAUUUUUGCGUUGAGAAGGUUUGUUAUUAAUAAACCACGAUUUGCAGACAUGAAUAUAUGGAUACAAGAUACAGCUUUGAUUGCAAUAGAAUUAAGAACAAUGUGUAGGCCAGUAGAAUUAUGUAAUUUGAAGUUGGAGGAUGUUAAAUUUAAUGAAAAUUUAUGUUGGAUACGGAUUUGUAAUUCAAAGACCGAUCAGUUUUCUAAUAGAAAAUUUAUUCUUAUUGAAAUUUCAAAUAGCCUUUGUUGCCCAGUUAGGUUGCUUAAGAGAUAUUUCUUAAUCAGACCAAAAACCCAGAAAAAUUGGCCGCUAUUCUUGUCAAAUAGAAAAAAGAAAAUGACUGUUGGAGCUAUUAGAGCUAUUGUGAAGAGAGUAGCUGAUAAUGCACAGUUGUCAGUAUAA